CUGCGUCAUUUUCCCUUGCCAUUCACUCCAAAUCGCACUCCUUGCAUCCUUGCUUCUCUCUCACUCUAUCCCCUCUCCCUCUCUCUCUACCGUGAGAAUUUGUUUUUGGUUUUGGUUCUUGUUGGUGUAGCCAUCUCACCAAAGGAGACUCCGGAAUCUCGCCCGCCUCCUCCUCCUCCUCCUCCUCCAAUCCGCCUCCCCCGGGCAUUGUCAGAGGAUCCUUCCCGGGGGUUCGCGCUAGGGUUUCGCGGCGAUCCCGAUGCGCCCUGCUUCGAGGCUGAGCUCGGUCUAGUGUGGGUGGGGGGGGGGGCGGCGGCCGCCAUGGAAACGGAGCGGCCGAGGUCGGAGAAUCCGGCCAUGACCUUCGACGAGGUCUCCAUGGAGCGGAGCAAGAGCUUCGUCAAGGCCUUGCAGGAGUUGAAGAAUUUGAGGCCUCAGCUCUAUUCGGCUGCGGAGUACUGCGAGAAGUCGUAUCUCAAUAGCGAGCAAAAACAAAUGGUAUUGGACAACCUGAAAGAUUAUGCUGUACGAGCCCUGGUCAAUGCUGUCGAUCACCUUGGAACAGUGGCUUAUAAAUUAACUGACCUUAUUGAGCAGCAAUCUUUGGAUAUCACAGUCAUGGAGCUAAAGGUCACUAGUUUUGAUCAGCAACUUCUUACAUGCCAAACAUACACGGAUAAGGAAGGCCUCCGGCAGCAGCAGUUGUUGGCGAUUAUUCCCCGACAUCACAAGCACUACAUGUUACCAAAUUCUGUCAAUAAGAAAGUGCAUUUCAGUCCACAAAUUCAGAAAGAUGUCAGACAAAAUCAUUUUCAACCUAGAUCUCGUCUUCAGCCUUCAGGUACCCCUGCUGCAAAAACACUUUCUUGGCAUUUAGCGUCAGAAACAAAGUCCUCGUUGAAAGGAACUCAAAAUGCUUCAGCAAGCACUGAAGAUUAUGUAAAAAAGCCCGAAGUCUUUCAUCUGCUCGAUAAUGGCGAGAAUGCUCUGACAAGAUUCUCGGCGGGUCAUCUGCAAGUUCUAACAGGAGGUCCUACUUAUGGUGCAGUCCCGCCAUCAAUCGGUGCUGCACACAGGGUAAUUUGUUACUUUACAAGAUUGAAGGUGGUGAGUGAUGAUGUACGAAAGGUCAUCUUGUGGAGCUCUUCUGCUGCCACCACGGAUUCUUGGGAGGGCACCAAACCAUUGUCAACAUUCAGGUCAUUCGAUAAUCCAAAUCGGCGGGAGAUUGUUCGUGCCCCUGCUCGCAGCAAAAGCAUGCUAUCGGCCUUCUUUGUCAAAACAAAGACGCCUAAGAUGAAGGCUAGUGCUGUAUCAUGAAUUCCAAAUAAACAUAGACACUGGCCGUCACCAUUCUCGUCUUGUGGUCAAGUCGUUGUAAAGUUUCUUCUUUCUAUGCAAUUAUCCUCUGGUAUUGGAGUAGUCUUUAGAUGAUAUGUACCCCUCUAGGAUCUUGAUCCAAGCACUUUACAGUGAGCUUGUUAAUAAGGGGUGAUGUUUGGCUUGAAUGUACGGUCUUCAUUCUGUUCA